AUGCGUGUAACACACAACCAAGAGAAAACGCCUGUGUCAUCAAAGAUUGCUCACCGACCCCAAAAAGCCCUUCGCUUAGAGUCCAAAUUAGCGGCAAAUAUGAACAUUAAGCCAUACUCAUAUUCCGAAACUGACUCUGGAGUCAGAGUUCAUAUCUUCAAACCAACCAUGGAAGAGUUCAAAGACUUCUAUACAUUUGUUACGGCUAUCGACCAUUACGGGAAAGAAGCUGGAAUCGUAAAGGUGAUCCCACCAGAGGAAUGGGCACAGGGCCUACCCGAUCUCAAAGAGAAGGUCCAAACUCUGACUGUUAAGAACCCAAUAGAACAGAUGUUUACUGGUCGAGCGGGGGUAUAUAAGCAAACAAACGUUGAAUUGAAAAGAGGCUACUCUUUAAAAGAAUGGCAAAAGGUCUGUUUACGUGAAGAGCACCGCCCUCCUCCGGAACGGCAAGCAAAGGCACGAGAAUUCGCUAACAAGAAACGAAAACUUCCGGCAGACUUUGAACAGACGAAUAAUAAUGAGGAGAAGACCGACGAUUUUGAUUAUCGCUGGCCCAAUCAAUAUCUAUAUACGGAUGAGUACUGCCGAGAACUUGAAGGACAAUACUGGAAAUCUAUUUUAUAUAAUACCCCUAUGUAUGGGGCUGACAUGAUGGGUUCUUUAUUUGAUAGUAGAACGACGUCUUGGAACGUGGAUCGUUUAGAAAAUCUGCUCAACAGGCUUAAUGUCAGCAUUCCUGGGGUCAACCGGGCUUACCUUUACUUUGGUAUGUGGAAGGCGACUUUUGCAUGGCACGUUGAGGAUUUCGACCUUUAUUCUAUUAAUUACAUCCAUUUUGGUGCACCGAAGCAAUGGUACGUCAUUCCUCCAAAGUUUGCGGGAGAAUUUGAGUCGUUCAUGCAAGGUCAGUUUGCAGCGGAGCACCGACAAUGCCGUCAAUUUUUACGGCAUAAAAUGUUUCACGUAUCACCUAAAGUGCUUUCGGACAAGGGUAUCCCAUGCGGACGACUAGUUCAGCGUCAAGGAGAAUUUGUUAUAACAUUUCCGUAUGGAUAUCAUGCCGGUUAUAAUUUGGAUUACAAUUGCGCUGAAUCAGUAAAUUUUGCAAUUGAAAGCUGGGUGCCCUUGGGCAGGAGAGCUAAAUUCUGUCCCUGUCAGGGAGACAGCGUGAAAAUAGAUGUCGGUUCCACAUUCAGAGAUCUUUUGGAUGGCGGCACGAAAGAUGAAAGUACAAUAGUUUCAGAGAAUGAAAGACAUUUAAUAGGUAGUAAUAAAUGUCCUCCAUACGCAGUUUCUCGUAUAACCAACUCACCUCUGAGAGAGUUGUUAAACAAAAAAUACUUACACUUCGUGCUUAUAUAUAUAUGUACAUAUCUAUCAAAAAAAGCUCCGUCGUUCUCUACAAAGACGAGAAUUUCCAAUGUAUCAGGAAAACGAGCAGCAUCUAGUAGAAAUUCAGCUGAUGCGCCAGUCAAGAAGCCAAAGAAAAUAAAACUUGUCCAGAAACAAGAGCAGUGCGAGCUAUGUCCUGUUCCCGAGGGUCCACUUUGUCGUACGGAAGAGGCGCUAUUUGCUCAUGGUUUAUGUGCGUCUUUUGUGCCCGAAACUUAUAUUGCCACGCUUGAUGAUGAUGAAGGAACGGAAUAUGUCGUUGGAUUACAAGCUAUACCACAGGAACGAUGGGAGCUGACGUGCGAGGUCUGCAAUAGCAGGAACGGGGCUUGUAUACAAUGUGCCGAGUUGAAGUGCACUCGCGCAUUCCACGCAGCAUGUGCACAAAAGGAUAAAUAUCAUCUUCAACAACGCAUUACUCAGAAUGGCGAAUUCAUAUAUGAAGCAUUCUGUAAAAGUCAUGACCCGCGAGUACAGGCUGAAAUUGCUAGAAAGAAUGCGGAGUUAGCACCUUUUGUAGUACUCGGAGCAGAAGUGUGGGCAAAGACCAUGGGGGCAUGGUAUAAGGGGGUGAUCGAAGCAAGGGACGACGCCAGGGCGGCUUGUCGAGUCCUUUUCAACGAUGGUUAUGCGAAGACAGUCCAUUGGCGAAGUCUUCGAUUCUCCGAUCCAGAGGCGACUGCUGCAUGA